AACCGGACCCACCUGUACGCCUGCGGCACCGGCGCCUUCCACCCCGUCUGCACCUUUGUGGAGGCCGGCCAGCACGCGGAGGAGCCCAUCUUCAAGCUGGACUCCCAGCACACUGAGGAUGGCAAGGGGAAGAGCCCCUACGACCCCCGGCACGCGGCCGCCUCAGUCCUCGUGGGCAAGGAGCUCUACUCCGGGGUGGCCACUGAUCUGAUGGGCCGUGACUUUACCAUCUUCCGCAGCCUGGGCCAGCGCCCCUCCAUCCGCACCGAGCAGCACGACUCUCGCUGGCUCAACGAGCCCAAGUUCGUGGCCGUUUUUUGGGUGCCGGAGAGUGAGGACCCCGAUGACGACAAGAUCUACUUCUUCUUCCGUGAGACGGCAGUGGAGCGGCAGCAGGGGUUGGGCAAGACCAGCUUCGCCCGCAUCGGCCAGAUCUGCCGGAAUGACGUGGGCGGGCAGCGCAGCCUGGUGAACAAGUGGACCACUUUCCUGAAGGCUCGGCUCAUCUGUGCCGUGCUGGGGCCCGACGGGGCAGACACCGUCUUUGAUGAGCUCCGGGACGUUUUCCUGCUGCAGACAAGGGACAAGCACAACCCCCUGGUCUACGCUGUCUUCUCCACCUCCAGCUCCGUUUUCCAGGGUUCAGCCAUCUGUGUCUACACCAUGGCUGACAUCCGCCGGGCUUUCCUGGGCCCCUUUGCACACAAGGAGGGCCCCAACUACCAGUGGGUGCCAUACCAGGGGCGCGUACCCUACCCCCGCCCAGGCAUGUGCCCCAGCAAAACCUUUGGCACUUUCGGCUCCACCAAGGACUUCCCAGACGAGGUGAUCCAGUUUGCCCGGCACCACCCGCUGAUGUACAACCCAGUGCUGCCCCAUGGCCAGCGCCCCCUCUUCCUGCAAGCCGCCGUGCCCUACACCUUCACUCGCAUUGCCGUGGACCGUGUCAGUGCCGCUGAUGGCCACUAUGAUGUCCUCUUCAUUGGCACAGACGUGGGCACAGUGCUGAAGGUCGUCUCAGUGCCCAAGGAGAGCUGGCACCGCAUGGAGCCACUGCUGCUGGAGGAGCUGCAGGUCUUCCAGGACGCCGCCUCCAUCACCAGCCUGCAGCUCUCCUCCAAGCGGCAACAGCUGUAUGCUGGCUCAGCCACAGCGCUGGCCCAGCUGCCCCUGCAUCGCUGUGGUGCCUACGGCAAAGCCUGUGCCGAGUGCUGCCUGGCCCGGGACCCAUACUGCGCCUGGGACGGCACUGCUUGUACACGCUACGUACCCAACACCAAGAGGUAG